CAUCAUUAACCAUUCAAACCAGGUAGAGCAGCGGAAGCCAACCCACGUCUGGCCGGUCGUCCCUUUCCGCUGCUAUUUGUGUGUGUGUGAGCGCAGCGAGCUAACGAGGAUUGUGUGAGUCCUCGCCAAGGAUUAGCGGGGUUGGUUCGUCCUCAGUAACAUUAGAGACAGUGUCGCGGCAGCUGCAGUUAAAUCAAAGGCUUUAGCUCGCUUUGUUGGAUGGUAACCGUUUAAUAUCCCUCUCGAUCCACUGUAAUAGCUGCUGUCAAUGCAGCUGAAGACUCGCAUUUUCGUCGCAUAGGUUACACGAGGACAUUGAGGGUUUAAUUUUUCCGAACGGAAUUAGAAAUGUCGGACCUCGUCAGAAUGAUGCACUGAAGAAGGAAUAGGCUACGUGCAAGCGUCUGUCCAGAGGCUGCAGUAUAGCUGAGGGAUUGCGGUGCAAAGGUUUUUUUUUACGGUUUCACCGUCUAACAUCAGUGGUUGGCUAUAAAGGGAGAAUCGUGAAUCUCGAUCCCCCUGCGCUCGGCGGAGACAUAAUGGCCACUCUACUGCGUAAAAUCGGUCUGAUUCGUCUUCACGACCGGGACACAGAGGACCCCAAGCAUCACCAGGGCUCGCUAAAGGGGACCAAGGGGAACACCAAGAACAACACCAAGCAGCACUCUCAGACCACCAACGAGACCAACAACCUCCUCAGCACCCCCGAGAUAAAAGCGAAGAAGCUGGAUCAGCACAGCAGCAAGGACAAACCGUCCGUAAAGGAUAAGCAACAGGCCAAGGACACCAAGGAGAAACAGCAGAUGGGAGGCGGAGGAGGAGGAGGUGGGAUCGGGGUUGGGAAAUCAGCGACCAGUGCCUCGAUACCACCACUAGCCCCUCACCGGCAGCACUGCACCCAAGUCCGGACGAGAAGACUCAUGAAGGAACUCCAGGAGAUCCGGCGGUUGGGAGACAACUUUAUAACGGUCGAGCUGGUCGACGACAACCUAUUUGACUGGAACGUCAAGCUCCACCAGGUAGACAAAGACUCGGCGCUGUGGCAGGACAUGAAAGAAACGAACACCGAGUUCAUACUGCUGAAUGUCUCUUUCCCCGACAAUUUCCCCUUCUCCCCGCCUUUCAUGCGGGUGCUCACCCCCCGGUUGGAAAACGGGUACGUGCUGGAUGGCGGAGCGAUAUGUAUGGAGCUGUUAACCCCCCGCGGAUGGUCCAGCGCCUACACAGUGGAAGCCGUGAUGAGGCAAUUUGCCGCAAGUCUCGUAAAAGGACAGGGGCGUAUCUGCAGGAAAGCAGGGAAGUCCAAGAAGGCUUUUAGCCGCAAAGAGGCAGAGGCCACCUUUAAGAGUCUGGUGAAGACCCACGAGAAGUACGGCUGGGUCUCCCCCCCUGUGUCUGACGGCUGAGGAAAGAGGUUGGCCAUGAUGCUAGCUAGCCAUGCUAACCACGACACACCACGCUAAUUCAACUCCUCCUCCUUCUUGACACUACAGCUCCACCGCUCCAGUUGUUUUGUUUUUAGUUUUUGUUGUUUCAAUCACCUCACUGAAACUCUUCAGAAAAAUGAACAAACGAACGCUCGUCAUCGAGGUCUACUUCUUCACUUUGCCGAUCAUUGCCAUUAUCAAGUCGUCAUUUCUCCACAUCCUUCCAGCGCUGCACUCCUCUUUCCCUCGUUCCCUCCCUCCUUCACUUUCUCUUUCUCUCCCUUCGGCUGAGUAGAGGGUUCAGAGUGAGGUGUGUCUGUCAGUGGAGGGUGUGUCAGUGGAGUGUGUGUCACAGCGGGCCAUGGAUUGGGUUUCCGACACACACACACACACACCCACACACACUGAGGGACAUUCAGACAGACUGUGUGGAUCUACGGGUAAAGACUGUGAAAGACUACUGCGAAGAGGGCAAUGUAUUCUCCUCUCCAACCUGUACCCCACCUUCCCUGCUCACCUUCCCUCCUCUCCUCUUCUCCUCUCAUCCUUCUCUCCAAGCUGACACCACACUGCACUGAACUGUAGUCAAACUUUCCAUCCCCUCUGCCUGCUUGAUCAUUUACCUACAAACCAGCCUGUUGAUGUUUAAUAGACUGGCUGUGCAGGACGGCAACUCACGCAUUCACCCCUUCCUUUUCUCUUCUUUUUCCCUCUGUUCCUUUCUUUUCCUUUUGACUGUGCUGUUUUUCACAGUUCAAUGCAACAUGAAGAUUGUAAUGUAUGUAGAGCUGUGCUCUCUAUCUCUCUAUCGUCCGUUCUCCUCUCUCUCAUUGUCUCCCUCUUUGUGGCUAAAUGUAGACCUCACUGUGUUUGCAUACAUGGUUAUUGAUUUCUAAUGGAGAAAAAACAUCACUUGUUUUAUAUCCAGAGACUCUGUACGAUGAAGAGAAUGGCAGUCAACUACAGCGCUCUCUCUCCUCUCUCCCCUCUCCUCUCUCUCUCUCUCCCCUCUCUCUCUCUCUACUCUUUCUAGCUCUCUCUUAAUCUCUCUCACCUCUCACUCUCUCUCUCUUUCUCUCGUCAUAUUAUCAUAUGUAGGAGAAGACCAGCAGCUAUAAUUCCCAUGAUUUAGAUAUCAGAUGGUCGAGCUAAUAACCAGGCACAUGAAGGGUGUGUGUGCUUUCAUGGAUGUGCGUGUCUCAACAUGGCUUUUCAUUGUGUUCCUAUGUGAUGGUAACUGUACGAUGCUGAUCUCUUUACCGUCAGUAUGCCAGUAAUGGUAUUAGUACAUUAUUACUGUAUGGAGAUGUUGUUACAGGGGUAAUGAUGAUGAUGUCCUGACCAGAGGAAAUGAUCAUCUCUACUAGUUCCCCAUGGGAUUGUACACCACACACUUCAGAGUGGCUAUUUUGCAUCGGCACAUCACACACACACUCCUCAAUAUUUAGCGCUGAUAUUCAUAUGUGCACACACACACACGAUACCCCUAAUGAGGAUGAGGAUGGACAAAGCAGAGCCCUGGUGAGGAUGGAGUGGUGUAAUAAUAAACGAGUGUCCUCUGAGAGAUGAGCGUGUCUCAGUGAGCUCCUGAUUGAUGUCUGGAUGAGAGGGAGGAAGAGAGGGAACACGGGAGGAAGAGGAAGAGAGAAGGGUGCGUGGCAAGCUUUGAUGUUUCCCGCCGGCUUCUCAAAAUGUCAGCUGGAAUCCAAAAUGGCUGAAGAGAAGCGUGUGUGUGUGUGUGUGUUUCAUAACAAUUACACACACACACACACACACACACACACACACACACACACACACACACACACACACACACACACACACACACACACACACACACACACACACACACACACACACACACACACACACACUCUCUCUCUCUCUCUCUAGCCUCCAAGUCACUCCUAUGCCGUGCAUUAUAUGUGUGGCUGUGAAUGAGCACUACAGAGAGAUAGCUGCUAAUUGCGGUGAAAUUUGAACAGAGACACAGAGUUGUCAGAUGAAUAACUAGUGAGAGUGAUGCCAUCAUAUGUCCUGCUCUGCUCACUCACUCACUCACUCACUCACUCACUCACACACACACACACACACACACACCCAACUCUGCUCUGCUCUGACAUUCUGUUACUCUCACUUCCCGGAGCUCCACACAUCUAAUUUUUUGCUUUACAUUGUGUGUAAGGCAAUGUUCAUACAGCAUGUUCUUAUACAGUAUGUUCCUCAUCAGGGGGGAUGACAUGCGUGUGAGAGGGGUUGCUGUGUCUGUGAUGCUCCCUUGGGGAAAGAAACAGAAAUCACCAUCUGGUAUCUAAUCAUGGGAAAGGGUAGGUUUCAAAAUGGUACCCUACUGUAAUACCCAUCUAGUGCACUACUUUUGACUAGAGCCCUAUGUAGGGAAUAGGGUGCCAUUUGGGAUGAGGCAUAAGUCAAUGCUGAUGAUGGUCUUCUCUCUUCUUUUGUGGGCAGUGAAGUCAGGGUUGGCUGUGGGUGUUUCACUGGGCGAUGAGAGGAGAAAUCUACUGUAAAGUGAACAAUUAAUAGAAGAUGAAAUAUCUCCAAAUUGGGUGUUUGCUGGUUUAAAAAGUAUCAUUUUGUGAUAUAGUUUAGAUCGGUAGUUUGCAGACACUAACUGAGUGAAUCGAUUCUGUAUUAUAUCUGCAUGUGGUAAGUGAUUGGUAGCUAGCUAUCUUUUUUUCAAGAAAAGCAACGAAAAAAACGAAGUCGGGUAAAAAACGAACAGUAAAAUGCUUCUCUUCUCUUGUUCUCUUGAUUUCUGUUUUCUGUAUGUAUAUUUUUCUUUCCGACUACCCUAAAAAAUAUUGUCACGUUGUGUUCUCUGAAUGUUUGUGUUUUAAUUUAUUUGUGGUUUGCCAAAAUGAAGAUUUUGAAGCAUGUCGCAGGUAUUGUCACAGAAAAAGAGAAAAAUAAAUCCGAACUAAGAAUGAUGAUGUGUAUCUGUAUCAGAAGGGUGUUCAGGUGUAUAUUUUGUGGGAGAUUUUCAAGGAACCAGAUUAAGAAGGACUAGAUAAUGAUGUCAUAAAGCCCCAACAUUCUCCAGGAAGUUAUCUGUCACAAGGAGCAGAAUUCUAUGGAGCUCAAUGGAACUGAAGGAUCAGUCAACUCUUGGCUCUCACAUGUAUUUCCUACUCUCCUCUGUGAUAUCACCAAUGUCCAUCCUUCUUUCUCUGGUUCCGGACUGCGUUACUGCUUGGGUAGAAGUUGGCCUUAGGCACAGAUCUAGGAUCAGCUUACCCUGCCUAAACCCUAACCAUUAGAGUGGAAUGUGCAAAUAUGUUCCUAGAUCAGUUUCUAUGAGCAACUUCACCCUACUCCCGACUGAAGUGUCUAGUCCAGACCGAGGUCAACGGUUCAAAAGGUGAAAGGUCGUUGCAAGACCAAACAGGAAUGUGCAAUAAAAGUUACGGCUUAUUGAAACUGA